CCGUUCACUGCCUCCUUCAGUGACUGCCCCUGCCUUCGGGAAGCAGCUCGGGCUCCCAGCUUGCGCACGAGGCCAGGGCCGGCCUGGCUUUUUGGUAUAGGUUGAAUCGCGGGGUCCUGGAACCGGUCCCCUGCGGAUCCCGAUGGACAACUGUGCACUCCUCUGACCUCGCAGCAUCCUGCCUGCUGCUCCGGCAACGCUCCCCACCGUUGCCCGAGUCAUACGGUUUUUCAUUCUCCAAGCGCUUCCCGCCAUGCCCAUGUCCCUGUGCGGGGUGGGUGGGGGCAGCGAAGCAAAGAACGAGUUGUAGGGGCUUGGCGUGGCGCCUACUGCGCCUUGCUCCCAUGCAGAAAGCCAUAGACCCAGGAAACUCGCCGGCGACUGCCCCUUCUACCCCGCUCUAGUUCCUGCUGUUUGGGCUUGCUCUUCGGAGCUUCAGGUGGCUUCAAAAUCAUUUUUUUUUUUUUUUUUUGCAAGAGAUUAUAAUCAUUAUCUGUGAGAGCAUUGGUCUGGUAGGAGCGACACCUCUAUCGUCAGAAGCCGGAAAGGCUUUUAGGUGAAUUUUAGGGUUUUUUUUUUGGUCAUGUUCAAAACCCCAGUGAGAUUUUGUUUGGCUUUGCAUCAAAUCUAUGGCUUCUUUGGGACCAAAUCAAGACAUCAAGACUGUCAUAACCUUAAUCCUUUGCUGUAUGCCUCUUCAUCUAGUCUAGCCUAGAUGGAUGUCUCUCACUGGCCCAGAGCGAGCACUGCGGCCAGGCCCAGUCCUCAGGUUUGACACGGCUCCUCACGCGGCAGGUGACACCCGGGUGUGGCUGGCAGAUGCUCGCAGGGAGGAGAGCUGGGCACGCUGCCCCGGCCUGCUCCCCCACCGGCACCCACCGCAGCCGCAGCUGGGCAAGCAGGGAGGCUACUGGCAGGAGGCCCCACUCUGGAAACUCGCUGCUUCCGCUGGAAACUUAAGCGCUAGCUGCCCUUGCUGACAACCUUAGCAGCUGCAGCAGCGACAACAAACUGAGAGUUCUGCCUUCCCGCGCACCCUACCCCUUCCUCUCUCAUGCUUUUACCUCUUCCUAUAGGACGUGGGGGGCUUAGGCCCGACGGACUCCUCCACUUCUUGCGUGGCUCUGGGGAGAAGUCAAUGGGAGAUGGCAAUGAUAGUAUUUGACCUGGGGGGUAGAAGGAUGGAAACUGAGGCUUGGGAAAAACAUACAGUCAUGUGGCUGAGAUAGAGAGAGGACCCAGAUAAAAGAGGGCAGAGAAAUUGCUGUUAGAGAGGAAAUAAGAGAACCAGGACUCUGGACUUCUAGCCUGCAAGAAAAGAUUAGAGCCAAAUGCUCCCUGCAAUAGUGGCAGCUGGGUCUGGGCAUGCGCACAUCUGCCCAGCGGUGGCGUGCGUUAUCGGUGUUGGUCUCUAGAGGGGAAACGUCCUCCCAAAGGAAAGCCUCAGCCUGGCCAGCCAUGGUGGACCGACCAGGCAUGAAGACACAGAUGCGGUGAGCUAGAAAGCCAGACAGCACAGGGAGCCUGCCUGCAUCCUCCUGGGGCAACCAGGACAAGGGGACCUCAAUAAUCUUGCCAAGCACAUGUGGGAGUGACUUUCUGGACCCUCUGACCACACAGGCUUCCACACUCAAAGGGGCCCUCAUUUGCUUUCUCCAUCUUGAAGUUUGAACAAAGGGCCCCACAAGUUAUGCAGCCCUCCUGUUCUGGAGGAAUCUGUCCUUAUCAGGACUUGGCACUGGAAAUGACCUUGGAGAAAGGCCUGAACAUAAGCUUCAGUGUGCAGCCGAGUCCCUAAACAGAGUAGCAGAAGGCUGGAGCUUUCAGCAUUCAGGAGAAGAGAAGUUCAGACAAGGCCAGAUCUGGGGCCAGGCUUCAGCUCCCUCUUGUCCCAUAGGGAGCAGGAUGUGUUCCAAAUUCACUGUGUGUCAAUGCUUAGGGUUGUCUUGCCCAUGUGUGCUUUAGAUAUCAGCAAUUCAUAUUCCAUGGAGUAGAGGUAGAAUUCUCGACAAACCCUUCAGCAGAAUCACACCAUCACAUCUUGAGGUCAGUGUCCCUCCAGCUAGGCCCUUGUUUGAGAGCCACUUCAAAGGGAAUGCUGCCUGAUCAUUACAAGAGAUAUCCUGGUGUGGAAAAUGUACAAAACCAGAGAGCCAGCAUCUCCCUACUCAUUUAGAGAAAGCUGGCUUUGCCAUGUUAUAUGUUUUUCUGGAUGUGCUCCGUGUUAUGCAUGGGAGGAAGGAGUUAUAAGAUAGGAUCAUAUCUAGCAGAGAGGUUAUGGUUGGGGACCAGGACAUUGGUGACUCUUCAGAGCAUAGUCACGGCCUGGUAGAAUGUGGGUAAUAGAGAAGUAGGAGCAAUGACAUGAAAUAUGUGUCCACAUAUUUUAGACAUUGGAUGAAAAACAUGAGAGUGAACUCAAAUGCUCCUCAAAGAAAGCAGCAGGGUCAGUUGAGUUUUUCCAAGAUAGGAGUGAUCAGAUCUCUCCCAGGGGCCAGAUAGGGAUAGAUUUAUUUUGUAAUGAUUAACUUAAGGAGGGAACUCUGUCUUUCAAUUACAUGCCAUUUUGCUAAGUGGCUCAAUGAUAAACUAAUAAGGGUGGGAAAAGUGACUAUAAGAGGCAUAGCCAGCAGUGGAAAGUUAGUUUCUGUUGGCUUCUGCUGAGAUGGCCACCGGACUCCAGGUUCUUCCAAUGCGGCUCCUUGGGCUGCUGCUCUUCCUGAGUGCUGGACCCUGGGCUGAAGGUGAGAAGGUGCUGGUGGUGCCCAUGGAUGGCAGCCACUGGCUCAGCAUGAGAGAGGUGGUGAGGGAGCUUCACGCCCGAGGCCACCAAGCUGUGGUCCUCACACCAGAGGUGAAUAUGCACAUCAAAGAAGAGGACUUUUUCACCCUGAAAACCUAUGGUUUUCCAUACACCAAGGACUAUUUUGACCACCUCCUUAAGGAAUACAUUCAAAUUACAUUUGAAACACAACAUUUUCUGAAGACAUUUUUUAAAACUAUGGCAAUUUUGAAAAGGUCGUCUGAGCUUUUUUAUAAGUCUUGUGCGGACCUGAUGCAUAACAAGACCCUGAUUGGGCACCUGAAUGCCAGUUCCUUUGAUGUGGUUUUAACAGACCCCGUGUACCCCUGUGGGGCACUGCUGGCUAAGUACCUGUCCAUUCCUACUGUGUAUUUUUUGCGUUCCAUUGUAUGUCACUUAGACUUUGAGGGCACACAGUGUCCAAACCCUUCCUCAUAUGUUCCUAGGUUACUAACAAAGAAUUCAGACCACAUGACAUUCCUGGAAAGGGUCAAGAACAUGCUCUACCCUCUGCCCUUGUUAUACAUUUGCCAUGCUUCUUUUUCUCCUUAUGCAAGCCUGGCCUCUGAGGUUCUUCAGAGAGAGGUAUCAUUGGUGGACGUUCUUAGCCAUGCAUCCGUGUGGCUGUUCAGAAAUGACUUUGUGAUGGACUACCCCAGGCCGAUCAUGCCCAACAUGGUCUUCAUUGGGGGCAUCAACUGUGUCAACAGGAAGCCACUAACUCAGGUCUGUAUUGGUACCUUUAUCCAACCAGUGUUCCAGGCAGAGCAUAUUUUUAUUUAUUUAUUUAUUUAAACUUUUUUUUUUUUUUUUUUAGAGACAGGGUCUUGC